AUGUAUAUGAUGAGUAUGUUGUAUUUUGGCGCCAUGCCGGGAUAUAAAAUGAAUUUUGAGACAAGAGGCGGUUUCGCGGGAAAUUUUGGCGGGAUUUUUUUCAUUUUUUUAAUGAAUCAUAAAGAAAACAUCCUCGCUCUUGCAAAAAAAUACAAAGACUGUAAAAAAAUCUACGAGACAUUGGUAAAAUGCUUCGGUAUGGAUGCUCCUAGCUAUUCCACUGUAACGUAUCAUGUUAGGAUGUAUCACUUCAUGAACAAAAAGGCGCCCAUCAUAAAAAUAUCGCCGGAUCAAAAUUAUCUUCAAGCGCUAGAUGAAGACCCAAGAGCAUCACUCAGAAGGAUAGAGGAGAUGACAAAGAUACCACGUACAACAGUCAGUUAUUAUCUGCACAAUUAUUUGAACUACAAACUAGCGUAUACACGUUGGGUUCCGCACAACCUUAAUUCAGUUCAAAAAAAAUCUAGAGUCCAAUCUUCGAAAGAGCUCCUCUCUAUAUUGGGUGCGUAUCAAUCCAAGAAGUUUCGCUUUUUAGUAACAGGGGACGAGUCUUGGUUUCAAUAUGCAACAGAAGCCAAAAUCAUGUGGAUCCCGAAGGAUGAAAAUCCGCAAACAUUCCCGAAGAAAAAAAUUGACACACCAAUGAUGAUGUUGUCGGUUUUUUGGGGCGUGAAUGGCAUCAUCGCAAUUGAUAUUCUUCAAAAACCUAAUACGAUGAAUGCUCAGUAUCUAAUUGACAAUGUUCUUACUCAAAUUAUCAAUUCUGAUGAGUUUGAGAAAUCCAAACAACAAAAACAAAAGUUUGCAAUUCAUUUUGAUAAUUCAAGAGUUCACAAAAGUCAUAAGGUAAUGAAUUACUUGGUGGAAAACAAUGUCAAAGUUGUUCCAAACCCAAUUUAUUCACCUGAUAUUGCACCCUCUGACUUUUAUUUAUUCGGCACGCUAAAAAAGAGAGCUGAAGGACGCGAAUUCGCGAGUCCAGAUGAUCUUGAAAAUUUUGUAAGAGAGCAAUUUGAGCAAUUUUCUCAUGAUGAUUUAAAGCGUGUCUUUCAAGCCUGGAUCGAUCGCUGCGAACGCGUGAUUGAAUCCAAUGGUGAUUAUAUUUAA